CAGGCUGCAGGAUAAUCAUCACCAGGACUGCAUUAUCAGAUGUAAUACAUGGCAACCACCAGUACUCUUCGCAAAAAUGGCCAGCAGCCCUCCUGCGAGCCAUGCCGCACCUCAAAACUGCGAUGCGACCACACAGUCCCAGUCUGCCAGCGCUGCAUCGCGCGCCAACGACCCGACCAAUGCAUCUACCAUCCUUGCCCAUUGACUAAACCGCGUGAAAACAGACAGAGAAAGGCUCAAUCCAGACAACAAAGACCAAGAAGGACCACUCCCUCGGCCAGUGUUGAACCCGAUAAGCUCUACGACUGGACAAGCAAAGCGCCCUCCGUGCCGGCGCGCAUAGCCCAGACCACGACUCCAAACGAGAGCGAGGAGUUAUUUCCCUCUCCCAGCUUCCUAGGUCCCACGAGCCACUCGAGGGACUUUUUUGAGAAUCUCAAGCACUUUGGAUGCGAGUCGCUUAGUGAUGUUCCUGUUGCCGGUAGUGCGGCGGAUCCACGCGAUGUGGAGGUCGGGGCGCAGAUCCUGGCGCAGCUGGAACAUGCCUCGUUUUAUAAAGAGCUGCUGGAUAAGCGGUUUGAAUUGUAUCAUGGGAUGUACUUUGGUCCGCCACUUGCUUGGGAGGUGCUGGCUAGGUUGAAGACGCUGUAUCAGGAAUGUAUUCGCGGCUCGACUGCGGCUGGCAGACAGGCGAGGCUGUUGGAGUGGUCGAAGAGUAUAUUCCAGAAUACUGCCACAAAAAUUGAGACGCAUCCCGAGAUGACAUUAAAAGAGUACGUUGCUAUCAUCGCACCGAGAUGGGAGACCAUCGGGACGUUAUUGGGGUUUGCUGGACGGUCAACGUACCAAAUCAGCCCGAACGAGCCAGUCCUCAGUCGAGAGGGAAUGCCGGGGAUGAACAAGGAAGGGUUUCGCAAGAUCAGCCUGGCAGCACUUGAUAUGUGCUUGCAAUUCAGCCAUAACCUGGGAAUAACCAGCGAUCCGUUGGCGUGGGCGACAAUCCUGCUGACCACGUUCCUCGCUGAUAUGCAUGGGCCUACAGACUCUCGAUCAUCCAAAGCGGAUGGCGAUGUAGCAACAGUUAUAUUCGCUCUUGGGCUUCACCAAGGAAAGGUCGACGAACGAGCCCCGUUCUUCCUAUCCGAAAUCCGCAGUAGAACCGUGGUGGCUGCAUACUUCAAUGACAAGGAACUAGCAACAUUUCUUGGCCGCCCUCCGCGCAUCUGCCGCCGAUACUGCAACCUGCAGCCUCCGGUCGAUAUUUCCUGGGAAGACCUGGUUGCCGACGCGCCAGUCCGCGACGCUGCACUGCGCCGUCUGGGACCGGAAGGGUGGGACACGCAAGAAGAUCCACGCGGCGAAAGCUCCAAACCACGGGUUAUCCUCCUAAUGGGUAUUCUGAGAGAGAUGAUACUAGAGGUGUCGCUUUGCUAUAGCGUUGACGAUUUGCAAGGCAUGCUACUCCUCUCCCAAACCGUUGCGAAACGAACGGGCGAGACCUCGGAGUCAUGCAUCGACACCUCCCGCCAGAUCAUCAAUCAUAUGUUAAAUAUAAUCUCAAAGCAGGUCCGGAUGGGCAAUGUUGACUACCUAACCUGCAACGAUCUGUCAUAUAUCGGCCUCCCAGCAGCCGGAGUCCUAUCAAAAGAGCUCCUCCGUCACUCGCACUCCAAUAACAUAAAUCCUUCCUUCCCCAGAUCAGAGGUAAUCCAGAAUCUGAGUAUAUUUGCCGCACACUUGGAGACAUUCUUCCCAGAUCGAGAAGGGGACCACGAAACACGCACGAGGGGUCUUUGGUUUAUCCGCUCUGUUCUUGAUGCGGUUCUCUCCCCUAGAACUACCGCCUCAAGUACUGGAAACCAGCCGGAAAACGCCAGUGAUGGGCUCUCUGCCACCCAGCUGCCUGGUCCGUCUGUUAUGGCUGUGCAGCCCGAUGCCCAUGCCCUGGAUGAGCAGGAGAUCGACUUUGCAGCGUUGUGGGAGGAGAUUGAUUUCGAUUGGGAUGGGGAUAGGAGGGUGUUUCUUAGCUAGAAUAUUUGUUUUGCUUGGUUGUUUCAAUUUAUAUACCCGUGAUGCAGUAACGAGCAUAAUUUCAUGAAGAUAAAUGUUUGCCAAAUUACUUUGAACCUCAU